AGAAGGGUCAACAUGGAUGAUUAUAAACACAGAACAAUAGAGAGGAAGAACCCAAGUACUCAGUUCCGGAUUUUGGCUUGUUUUCAUAGCAGUAUUAACAUACCAACUUUGAUAAAUCUCAUUGAAGUCUCCCGUGGAACUGAUCAGCAGCAAGGUCUAUGCGUCUAUUCUAUGCACCUCAUGGAGCUCUCAGAGGGACCCUCUGCAAUUCUCAUGGUGAACAAGGCAAGGAAGAAUGGGAUGCCCUUCUGGAACAAGGGACGAUGACAGAUGCACUCGGAUAGCGUUGUGGUCGCCUUUGAGGCAUUUCAACAACUAAGUCGUGUCUCUGUGAGACCCAUGACAGCUAUCUCUGCAAUGGCUACUAUCCAUGAAGACAAAUUGCUGCACUAGUGCUGAAAACAAGAGGGUGGCUAUGAUAGUACUCCCUUUCCACAAGCACGAAAGAGUGGAUGGUUCAAUGGAAACGACAAGAAAUGAUUUCAGGUGGGCCAAUCAAAGAGUUCUUGAACACGUGAGAUGCUCGGUCGGGAUACUCGUCGAUCGUGGCUUUGGUGGAACUACCCAUGUCUCUGCUAGCGAAGUUUCUUCAUCUAUUAUUGUCUUGUUCUUCAGAGAGUGUGAUGACCGUGAGGCACUUGCAAAUGGAGCACGCAUGGCUGAACAUCCUGGUAUCAGUCUCACAGUGCUUCGCUUCUUGAUGGAACCUAAGCCAGCUGAAGAAAUCGCUGGAAUCGAUUCGAUUGAGAAGUUGGACACUGGGAAUUGCUCAAAAGAUGAUGAGUACUUGGCUGAAUUCCAACAAAAGAUCAAUACUGAAAGCUCAAUGAAGUAUGAAGUGAGAAUGGUUAGAAAUGCAGCACAAACCAUUGCCACGAUUAGGGAGUUCAGUCGUUCUGAUCUGUUUGUGGUGGGGCGAAAGCCCGAGGGAGAGGUUGCAGAAACUUUGGAUGUUAAGAGUGACUUUCCUGAAUUAGGAGCAGUAGGAAAUCUAUUGGGAUCAUCCGAUUUCUCAACUACAGCAUCAAUGGGCGGUACUGUGCCGCACGAUGCCCACAGCACCGCCCCCAAUACUGGGGGCGAAAAUUUUCAGUGA